AUGGAUGCAGAUAUGUCUUAUGGUCCCAAAGGGUACAGCGACGGCGCGGUCGAGGGCGCAGAUGAGUAUCAAGGCGUGCUCGCGUCAGCAAAUGUGCACUGGACGUCUGAGUCGACAUUUCCCUUCCUGAAGCUUCCUGCCGAGAUUCGGAAUAAGAUCUACCAAUACCUGCUGAAGGCUGGAGGCGAAAUAUAUGUCAGCAUACACAACGUGCGCCGUUCCUCUUGCAUUCGUUUCCAAAGUCAUACGGAUCCUGAGCUUCUCGAAAACAACGUAGGAAGCUGGACUGGCACCUCCGAGCCUCUGGCAGCCGAAGUCCCGGGCGAUGGUAUCGGACUUCUGCUCACUUGCAAAGAAAUACACCGAGAGGCCAUCGUUGUAUUGUAUGCCGAGAACAAGAUCACAUACAUCGAUACAUUUGGAUGUUUUCAUCCUCGGCAUAGCUCGUGGCUGAAGCAGAUUGGCGUUGAUAACACAAGUUCGAUCAAGGACUUUUCCAUACGCGUACCUGUCGAGGAGCUUGGCAACAGCCCAUUCACAUUGCUAGAGUGCUAUUGA